AUGGCCAGUGGCCUCGCAGUGUCGCGUCUCCAGGCAAUACGGGAUCUCCCAUCGCCUGUGCUCGGGCUAGAUGUGCUUCAUGCAGCACCGACACAUGUUCCCUCUACGCUGCACUUGCAGCUCGUUCAAGGCCAACAAGCCCAGCCCAGGCAAGGUACUGAGCCGUCAAGUACUGAACUCGAUCUGGCUCAGAUCGACGAUGCCAUCGCCAUGCUCUCGUCCAACAUCAUACCGCCAAGCCAACUACGCGACAGGACGAAGCAACAGCUAGCGGAAGCAGCACUCGCAGCUCGCGAGGAAGGCAAGCGACUCAAGAGGCACGGUGAUGCUCUCGGGAGGGAGAAGAGCGUGCCUGACCAUGCCAUGCUGGCGCUGCUCCAUCAAUACGACGGCUUGCUGUGCUACAUACUUUCUUUCUGGCUCGAUGAUGAGGCUGCUGGCCGUUCGACGACGGGCGGCAAGAACAAGACAGUCUGUAUGAUCGAUAAUUGGACGAGUCUACUGGGGCGCGGUCUCUUGCGCUUCGUGACCGAUAGCUGUCAUCGUCUCCAUCAGCCAAACCUUGCGUCAUUGUGCAUGCUAUUAGAAGGUCUCAUAUUGCAAAAGAUCAGCACGUUCGAACGUCGUGUCUUGCACCAUCAGGUAUCUUCGAGCAUGGGCAAGUCAUCAGGAUCCUCGGUCACUUCGGAUCACGGCCCAACACCGCCCGGCGAGUCACCCGCUGGGAGCACAUCUGCAGGCAGUAUAGCCGCUGGAGUCACCGAACGAUCCAGCCAGGACAUGCUGAACUCCUUCGUGCGCAUUUCGUCGAAUCUAGAGACAAUCAGUCGAUAUCUCAAUCAGAGCUAUUCGAGCUUAGCAAAGGCCAUCGCUAAUGAUACCAACCUGGCACCAGUCCGCGAGCUCACGCGAACAUCUUUGAUCGAGCAUGACGAUGUGCCGAGCUCGCUAGGCGAGAUGUACUCUUUCGCUUGGCCGCUCAACGUGCACUGUCCGGCAUCGAUACCCCACGCCUGCUUCUUCGCCAAAGCAGUCCUUCACGCUCAGGCAAAGUCAAGCAAAUCGGCAUUUAUGCCUUCUCAAGCCGUACUGUAA